UAAACAAAACUUUGUACAAGACGCCUAACCUAAAACUGAAACUAUUUCCUAUGUUACAUAAAUUCCGCUGGAUCAAAUAACCUCAAAAAUGUGUUGCACAAAAACCUAAAUAUAUUAAUAUUGUUUACGCAAUAUGAUGCUACAUACAUUUUUUAGGACUCUAAGGACACAAACAACUAAUAUAACAAAAUGUUACUCAACGAAACCUCCAAAGGAAUUGUAUCCUCGCAGGAUCUUCUCAGGUAUCCAACCAACGGGUCAAAUACACUUAGGCAAUUAUUUAGGCGCUGUAGCACAAUGGGUUAAAAUGCAGAACAAUAAUGAAGACAUGUUGCUGUGUAUCGUUGAUUUACAUUCAAUGACUCUGCCUCAUGACCCAAAAGUAUUGUCAAGGAACAUUCUUGAGAUGACAGCAACACUAAUGGGCUGUGGCAUUGACCCUAAGAAAGUGAUUUUGUAUCAGCAGUCCAGAGUGCAUCAACACACAGAGCUGUGCUGGAAUUUGGCCUGCAUCUCUACCAUGGCAAGGUUGGCUCAUUUACCAUGUUUUAAAGAAAAAUCUGCUGAUCUAAAGGAUGUUCCUUUGGGGUUAUUUAUUUACCCAGUAUUACAAGCUGCUGAUAUACUUUUAUACAAAGCUACACACGUGCCUGUGGGUGAAGACCAGCUGCAACACAUUGAACUGACACAAGAAUUGUCCAGAAUGUUUAACAAGAGAUAUGGGCAAACAUUCCCACACCCACAUGCUGUCAUUGUGGGCACUGAAUAUGCAAGACUAAAAAGUCUCAGGAAUCCUAACAAAAAAAUGUCCAAGUCAGACCCAGAUCCAAAGAGUAGAAUAUGCAUUUUUGAUACACCUGAUGAUAUAGUUAGGAAUUUGAAGAAAGCUGUCACAGACACAAUAUCUGAAGUCACCUACAACCCUGAAGAAAGACCUGGUGUUUCAAAUUUAAUAAGCAUACAUUCAUUUGUGACAGAAAAAUCGGUUGAGGAUAUUUGUGCAGAGGCAAAAGGACUCAACACUGGACAGUACAAACUAGCUGUGGCAGAAGCAGUUAUAUCUCAUUUCCAACCUAUUCAAAAUAAAAUUGGUCAACUUAUCAAAGAUCCUGAAUAUCUUAUGGAUGUUCUGAAAGAAGGUUCAGGAAAAGCUGAAUGUAUAGCUGAAAAGACCAUAGAAGAAGUUAGGCAGAAACUAGGAGUUGAACCUAGUGUUACACCUGCUGAUAAAGUAAAAAUAAAUGUUAGUUAAAUAAAGUAUUUUAUUUUAAUAUUUCAAAUUUCUUUUCUAAAUUGAUAUCUUAUAUUUUCUUUCAAGUAUGUAAAUAUUGUUCUUGCAUAGUUUGUUGUUCAAUAUACACAAAUUAAACCA